CCGCCUUCCGGCCAGAGUCGCCGGCAGAGUCUGGGCUGCUUUGGGUGCUGUGGCGGCUCCUCCACACAUGCAGGGAAGCACGAAAAGAAUGGGCAUCAUGACUGAUGUCCAUCGACGGUUCCUCCAGUUGCUUAUGACUCAUGGCGUGCUAGAGGAAUGGGAUGUUAAGCGCUUGCAGAAGCACUGCUACAAGGUCCAUGACAGCAAUGCUACCGUAGAGAAGUUGGAGGACUUCAUCAACAACAUUAACAGCGUCUUGGAGUCCUUGUACAUCGAGAUCAAGAAAGGAGUCACGGAAGAUGACGGGCGGCCCAUUUAUGCGCUGGUCAAUCUUGCUACAACUUCGAUUUCGAAAAUGGCCACAGAUUUUGCAGAGAAUGAACUAGAUCUGUUUAGAAAGGCCUUGGAACUGAUUAUUGACUCGGAAACUGGUUUUGCAUCUUCCACAAACAUUUUGAACCUGGUUGAUCAACUGAAAGGCAAGAAGAUGAGGAAGAAGGAAGCCGAGCAUGUGCUGCAGAAGUUUGUUCAGAGCAAGUGGCUGAUCGAGAAAGAAGGGGAGUUCACUCUGCACGGCCGGGCCAUCCUGGAGAUGGAGCAGUACAUCCGGGAGACCUACCCCGAUGCCGUGAAGGUCUGCAACAUCUGCCACGGCCUCCUCAUCCAGGGUCAGAGCUGUGAGACCUGUGGCAUCAGGAUGCACUUGCCUUGCGUGGCUAAGUACUUCCAGUCCAACCCUGAGCCGCGCUGUCCCCACUGUAAUGACUACUGGCCCCAUGAGAUACCAGAGGUCUUCAACCCUGAGAAGGAGAGGGAAGCUGGCGUCUCCAAAUCCAGCAAAAAGUCCUUGCGGUCCAGGCAGCAUUAGCCGGCGCGCCUGCUGGAGGUCCCUUGCCUACGUGGCCUGAGCGUCGAGGCCUCGUUCCAUGGAGACCUCGGUGUUUCCCGCCACACGCAGACCAGCUCCUCUGUUUCCUAUGUUCGUUGUUGACAGGUUUGGAAUAAAAGUGUUCUAAGGA